AUCCGAUUCAACAAAAAUCCAUUAUGAAAUGCCACGAUGUUGACAAUUAUGAAACUGACUGGCGAGAAAUACCUCCAUAAACGCCAAGGAACAACUGCACAGGAAGAACAACAUUGGGGACCGUUCCAUAAUCAUUUUUCUGAAAAACAAUUCUCAGUCUUGUACUGCUUUCUGCUUGAGAAGUCUGCAUAGUUUUUUCUUUGCAAGAAUGGGUACUGGAAAUCUCUCAAUAUUUGGUUGAUUUGAAAAGGUAACAUGGAAGAGAAGUGUGCAAUUGCAAAAGAUGUUACUGAACUAAUAGGGAAUACCCCAAUGGUAUAUCUGAACAAUGUAGUGGAUGGUUGUGUAGCCCGUAUUGCUGCUAAGCUAGAGGUGAUGGAACCCUACUCAAGUGUUAAAGACAGGAUUGGAUAUAGCAUGAUCAGUGAUGCAGAAGAGAAGGGCCUGAUUACCCCAGGGAAGACUGUUCUUAUUGAGGUUACCAGUGGAAAUACUGGCAUUGGGUUGGCAUUCAUUGCAGCAGCUAAGGGUUACAAACUUAUCUUUGUCAUGCCGAGUGCAGCGACUCUUGAGAAAAAAAUGGUCCUCCUGGCUUUUGGAGCAGAGCUGCAUCUCAUAGAUAUGGCCAAAGGCGUUCAGGCGCUUUUUGAUAAAGCUGACGAGAUACUGCAAAACACACCCAAUGGUUAUUUUCUUAACCAAUUUGAAAAUCCUGCCAAUCCAAAGAUUCAUUAUGAGACCACAGGACCAGAGAUUUGGAAAGGAACAGGAGGAAAAGUUGAUAUCCUAGUUGCAGGAAUAGGGACUGGGGGUACAAUUACUGGUGCAGGGCAGUUCCUCAAGGAGAAAACCCCCGAGAUUAAGGUUUAUGGUGUAGAACCAGCUGAAAGUGCAGUUCUUAAUGGAGGAAAGCCUGGUUCACAUCAGAUCCAAGGAAUUGGUGCGGGUAUCAUCCCUAAAAUUUUGGAUACUGAACUUCUUGAUGAAGUUAUUCAAAUUUCAAGUGAUGAGGCCAUUGAAACUGCUAGGCUUCUUGCAUUAAAAGAAGGUUUGCUGGUAGGGAUAUCAUCUGGUGCUGCUGCUGCUGCUGCAAUAAAGCUAGCAAAGAGACCAGAAAAUGCAGGCAAACUCAUCACGGUGAUUUUCCCCAGCUUUGGAGAGCGUUAUCUAUCUUCAGUACUCUUUGAUUCCAUAAGGGUUGAGGCUGAAAACAUGAAGUUUGAUUGAGUUUUUACCUGGUCUGGGAGGAGCCUUGUUUCAUUAGCCUUUUCCUUCAUUUAUCAUUUGGUUUUAAUUACACCAGAAAUCUAAUGAUCUUUGUAUUCCACUGUGGACUAGUCAAACGUUGAAUUAAUUUACUUGUAGUGAUGAAGUUUCAGAAUAAUGAAAUUCAUAGCCCUUAUCUUUCCAGAGCC